AAUUUUCGAGAGCAAACUCAACGUCCAGAAAAUACAUCAAGCCUAAUAGACUAUUAUCUGAACAUACUCUCAGCUCUCGUAAACGACAACGUUGUGUGAUUUCUUAUGAAAAACAGACUCGCGCUGUCUUUAUUGCUAAACACGGCGAGUGAAUUGAAAACGAUGAAUUUCUACUCCCAACCUAUUCCUGCCUUUUCUUUUCUGCUUAUUUCCAAGUGUCGCGUUUAUUUUUUGGGGCAACAGGCUAUAAGGAAGAAAUUGUUUUCAGUUGACGUACGAAACUUUGUUUCAACUAUGAGUGCAAGUAGUAACGGUGUAGCUAAUGGUGCUGGAGGUACCUGUAAAAUUGACUUGAAGGAUCCCGAGUUGCUCAAGACUAGUUGCUUUAUUGGUGGCAAGUUUGUACCUGCUGCAAAAGAAGAUGGUCAAGGAUGGUUCGAUGUCUUCAAUCCUGCAACAGGUGAAUUAGUUGCAAAAGUUGCUGAUGGAGGAAGGAUUACCACACAACAGGCAAUUGAGACUGCAAAGAGUGCUUUUGACUCUUGGAAGAAACUUACCGCUUUAGAACGCUCUACAAUACUUAAAAAGUGGUUUGACCUUAUCAUUCAAAAUGCUGAUGACUUGGGGAAGAUUAUGACUACUGAACAAGGCAAACCUCUCCCAGAAGCAGUAGGAGAAGUCAAAUAUGGUGCAUCCUUUGUGGAAUUUUUUGCUGAAGAAGCCAAACGUCUCUAUGGUGAUAUUAUCCCAGCAGGUUCACAAACAAGAGCACUGGUGAUUCCUCAGCCAGUGGGUGUCUGUGGUUUGGUCACACCUUGGAAUUUCCCUUGUGCUAUGUUGACACGUAAAGCAGCACCAGCACUAGCUGCAGGCUGCACAGUCGUUUGUAAACCGUCAGAAAUGACACCAUUGUCUGCACUUGCUUUAUGUGAACUUGCUGUUCGUGCAGGUGUACCAGCAGGAGUAUUAAAUGUUGUAACCGGUUUUCAUGCCCAGCCAAUUGGUGAAGAAUUGACUACCAAUCCUGUUGUAAGGAAGAUUAGUUUUACUGGUUCUACAGCUGUUGGAAAGAAGCUGAUGAUGCAAAGUUCUUCGACUGUCAAAAAGGUCAGUCUUGAACUUGGAGGUUUAGCACCGUUUAUUAUUAUGGAAGAUGCCAAUUUGGAUGCAGCAGUUUCCGGUCUAAUUGCUUGCAAAUUUAGGAACAACGGUCAGACGUGUAUUUGUGCGAAUAGAGUUUAUGUUCAGUCAAGUAUAUAUGAUAAGUUUGCGGAAAAAGUUGUAGAGAAAGUAAAGACUCUUCGAGUUGGUAAUGGUAUGGAAGCUGGAGUGAAUUUGGGACCUCUUAUCAAUGAAAAAGCUGUUGAGAAAGUGGACAGACAUGUAAAGGAUGCCGUAUCUAAAGGAGCCAAGGUACUUGUUGGUGGCUCUCCACAUUCUCUUGGAGGUCUGUUUUAUCAACCCACAGUGAUGACCCACAUGAUUGAUUCUAUGGUGAUGUCUUGUGAGGAAACUUUUGGUCCUGUUAUUGGUCUAUUCAAGUUUGAUUCUGAAGAGGAAGUGUUAAAGAGAGCCAAUAAUACAAAUUAUGGUUUGGCAUCUUAUUUGUAUACAUCCAAUUUGGCGAGAGCAUGGAGAAUGGCAGAGUCAUUAGAAAGUGGCAUGGUUGGUUUGAAUGAGCCCAUGAUUAGUACUGCUACUGUUCCCUUUGGUGGUGUAAAGGAAAGUGGUAUAGGUCGUGAAGGAAGUAAAUAUGGCAUAGCAGAAUAUGUUAAUCUGAAAUAUGUGUUGAUGGGUGGUAUUGUUCCAUCCUCUUAAAGCUUAUGUUUGUUCAUUUGUUGUCGGACAUUGUGUUUGAUAUAUGUUGAAUGCUUUAUAAAGUUGGGCCAUUGUUGAAGAGGAAUAUUUCAUUUUUAAA